CACCGGGCUCCGGUCACUUCUUCUGCGAAAGAGUAACGCUUCCAAGCGAGAGGGACGAGAGCACAUGCAGCUCCACGGUCGCAUCCCUCUCUUAAGCCCGCCUGUUCGAAUCUUUUUUCUUAUCUUUCAUUUUGCUCCGGUGGAAGGACACUUUGAGACAUCCUUAAACAAGGGAUAACCAUAACGGUCAUUCGGAUCCUGUGAUAACCCAAUUAUUCACUGCUUCCGAGUCUCUCUCCUUUCUCGCCAUGUCAAUUACUUCAACGAGCGGCCUCAUGUCGAACUAUUCACGUCUUUCCGACCACCGAUCCUCGUCCGAGGAGGAGAACGAGAAGGAUAUGCAUCUGCGUUUGCAAUCCGAUGUGGAAGCUGGCGAGAGUCAGAUUCACCGUAUGGUGGCAACGGACAAGAAGCCCUCGCGCUGGGUUGACGGUCGUACCGUUUCGGACGCCAUUAUCGGUCUUUCGGACGGCAUGACGGUGCCAUUUGCGCUCACUGCUGGACUAUCCGCCUUGGGCGAUACCAAGGUGGUCGUCUUUGGUGGUAUGGCGGAGCUUAUCGCCGGCGCCAUCUCUAUGGGCUUGGGUGGCUAUCUUGGCGCAAAGAGUGAAGAGGAAUCAUACAAGGCCACUCUCAAAGAGACCAAAACCCAAACCAUGACCGACCCCGCCUCCGUUUCUACCACCAUCGAGGAGAUCUUCGAGCCAUACGAACUCCCCGCCGAAUUAGUCUCCCAAUUGACCAGUCAUCUCUCCGCCUCCCCCAUGCUCCCAUCUUUCCUCAUGAACUUCCACCACACCCUCCCCGAACCGUCGGGCUCCCGUGCCGUCAUCUGCGCCCUGACAAUUGCUUUGGGUUACUUCAUUGGUGGUUUCGUGCCUCUCCUGCCUUAUUUCUUCGUUGGCCCCCACGAUGCUUUUGUCGCACUACGCUGGUCCAUUGCAACCAUGGCGAUUGCCCUGUUCCUCUUUGGGUAUGGCAAGACUUGCUUCGUGAGUGGCUGGAGGGGCCGGAGAAAUGUGCGCAAGGGUGUGAUCGGAGGCGUCCAGAUGGUGCUAGUGGGUGGUGUGGCAGCCGGAUCCGCCAUGGGACUGGUGAAGGCGUUCCAAAUGCUGGCAGAUGGGCAUGAACAUGCCAAGCAUGACUAAUUUCGGCGUGAGAAAGGAAGGAUAGCAUUAUGUGUACAACCUCGAUUCCUCUCGUUUUUCGUUCUUUCUGGCUGGGUUUGAUUUGGCGUUCAUGGAAUGGUGUUCUCGAUCGGGCCCCUCGAGGUGCUGCGGCGUUCUUUCUUUUUCUUUCUUCGAGUCUCUGAUUCAUGAUAUGUGAUCAUGAACGGAGGCAGUCUACGGAAAUUAUGGACA